AAUCAUUAAUGUGCAUCCAGAUUGAGCCCAGGCCCGGUCUGCUGCUUCACAGCCACGCUGACAGGUGGCAUCAGCCCGUAGUAGCAAGCAGGAUUCAUGAACGCGAGGGGGGCAAAGGGGCACAACACACGUUAAUUCGCAGGAAAGGGAAAGUACGAAUACAUAUAUCAGUUCUGAAGCAUCUUCUUGUUUUCCGCCAUUGCUUUUGUCGCGUCUUGAUUUGUUGGACAAUUGUGACGACAUAUAAGUCGGAGUGAGCUCGGAUCGGAUACAUAUGCGACUUCCACAUACGAAAAGAGGCCUGGGGGUCGGGUAUGAAAAAAAAACCCAAAUCGAAUCAGAUACAUAUCACAUUGGGCAAAAACAGGUGCAGUAACAUGAGUUUGAAUGUGAUUGGUUCAUUCCAAACACAGUCACAUCCCAGUUAUAAGAGGUACGUGUGUGUAUAUCUUCGUGUAUGCGCGUGACAGAGAGUUGUGUGUGUCAUGCACGCGCGUGUAUGAUGCAAAUGUGUGUGCGUGUGGCGUUUGGAAGCAGUGUGUGAGGCAUGCGUGUUAUGCUUAUUAAUGUGCCUUUGUGCGCGUGCGCGCGCGCGCGUGUGUGUGUGUGUAUGUUUAGGCAAUGGACACGUGGGUGCACCGAGAGGGCGUGUCCGUGGCGUGCGCGCGCACCCAGCCCAGUGUCAGUGGCGCUGCUGAGUGGAAGAGAGGCAGUCAGCCAAGGCAGGUAGCGGCUGAGCUCCUCCACAAAGCAACGAGACCAAACGUCGCCUCCUGUCACUCGGUCAAUUGGUGCACCUGUUACGGGGGGGAAAAAAAAAAAAAAAAAAAAAAAAAAAGAGCCCACGUGGCACAAAAGUGAAGAGACUCGUCGUCGCCAUGGCGUUGGACUUAAACAACACGUAACUCGGAUGCGGUGAACUACUGUGCCAAGUGUCCUACUGGUGGAUUAUUCUCCUUCUUAUUCGUGUUCCUGUUCUUUGACUACGAUGACGACGGCGGCUGUGGCGACGUUCUCCCUCAGCAUCAUGACGCUGGUGCUGUCCAACUUGGAGCCGUCCAGAGGCAGCAACCGGCAUGCGGUGUACUGGAACAGCUCCAACCUGCUCUUGCGUCGGGAGGGCUACACGGUGCAGGUGAGCGUCAACGACUACCUGGACAUCUACUGCCCGCACUACAGCACCAGCCUGCGGGGGACGCUGGAGCGCAGCGUGGCCGAGCAGUACAUCCUGUACAUGGUCAGCUACCUCGGCUACUUGACCUGCGACCCGCGGCUCGGCUUCAAGCGCUGGGAGUGCAACCGGCCGCACGCGCCACACGCGCCCAUCAAGUUCUCCGAGAAGUUCCAGCGCUACAGCGCCUUCUCGCUGGGCUACGAGUUUACCGUGGGACAAGAAUACUACUACAUAUCCACGCCCACUCACCACCACCACGGCCACAGCUGCCUGAGGAUGAGGGUCUACGUCUGUUGCUCGACCGUCUCCCAUUCGGACGACGACUCCGGGCAGACGUCCAGCGUCUACACGGUGAGGCCGGGUAUCAAGAUAAACAACAUCGAUGAGAUUAACCCCGAAGUUCCCAAGCUGGAGAAGAGCGUGAGCGGCAGCAGCCCGUCGCGCGACCGCCUCCUGCUCACCGUGGCCGCCAUGCUGCUCGCCAGCGCCACCCUGCUGUCCUAGCGAGCCGGGAGGUUGGGAGGGACGCGUCGUGAAAUCCAAAUAAACAGACAGACAAGUGUUUUUUUUUUUCUUUUCCUCCAUCUCUUGUGGUCACGUGACAUGGUGCCGGAUGCAGACGUUGCUAGCAUUGGGAUGGAUUGAGGAUGUUUGUGAUUUAUGGGAUAGUGCUGGAUGCAGACAGUGCACCCGCAUGCAGAUGCCGGUGCCGGAUUCAGACAACGGUGCCGGAUGCAGACUAUGCUAGCGUUGGGAUGGAUGAAGAAUCUUUAGGAUUUUUGGGCUAGUGCCAGAUGUGGAAAACCAUGGCAAUGCUAGACUCAAGAUGGAUGAAGAAUUUUUACGAUUUAUGGGAAGAUGCAGGAUGCAGACAAAUGGUGCCAGAUGAAGGCAGUGCUAGCAUUGGGAUGGAUUAGGUAUGUGUCCAGUUUAGGUAAUGGUGUAGGAUGCAGAAAACCAUGCCGGAUGCGGAAAGCUGUGCCGAAUGCAGACAAUGCCAGCAUCGGGAUGGAUUAAAAAUAUUUAUGGUACGUUCCGGAUGCAGACAAUGCUAGCAUCGAUAUGGAAUUGAGGAUGUUUUGGACCGCGACGACUGCCAAAGUCCAGGACCGUGAUGAUGGAAGAUUUCUUUGAAAAAAAUGGGAAAAAAAGGGGUGCUGUGCUAUCCACCCUUUCUCUCUUUUUUCCCCCCCCGAUAAUUAAUUUCUUAGAGGCUAGCGAGCGCUGUCGUAGUCCUUUCUGCCUGCUUCCUGCCUUCACAAAUCAAGAACACUUUGGAUGAUGGCACUUACGUAGCCGCGGUGCAGUAGAUGUGCUUGAUAACGUGUUUGGUCGCAGCACCGUCUUUUCGGAAUGUUCCGCCCUGUUUAUUUAACCCGGUCUUACUCUUGCCGACAAACAAGUAGGGCCACCCUGAAAAGAAGUCAAACCAAAAUCAUAUGAUAAUUGGGGGACAUUUUACAAGAAAAAAAAACAUUGCUGGGUGUAAAAAAUACAAUAUAAUCAUGGUUUUAGAGCAGACUUGUUAUAUUAUAAAUCUGGAAAAUCGUGAGGAAAAAAAGUUGGAAUUCUAAGAAGUUAAAGUCGCAGUACUGAAAGAAAACAUAAGUCAAAUCUUAAUAUAUUACCAAAAAAAAAAAAGAUUUUAUGGGGAAAAGGUAAUAGUAACUAAUCUGAAAAAUACAACCAUAAAAUUAUGAGAAAAACAAGACAGUCAUAACUCAACUUUAUUUAUAAAGCAUGUUAAAAAAAUGCAGCAAAGUGCUGUUCAUACAUAAAAUUAAAUAUAAAACAAGUAAAAUAUUAGACCAAACUGUCACAGUCCUCAUGAGAGCGAAGCCGUAUAAAUUCAAGAAAAAGCUUGUCGGUCAUAAAGUGCGAAAAAAAAUAAAAAGAAAUACGUUAAUAGGGGGAAAAAAACA